CAUAGACAGUGAUUGCUUUGUAGAUGUACGUAGAUGUAUGUUGGGUUGCUCACCUAGCAAUUGCAAUUUCGGUUUGUCAUUUGUAUUCACUUUUCGUUGUGUAGGUACGUAUGCAAACCGUUAUAGAUUUACCAUUCUACGAAGUGUUUUAAUGAUUGCAAUGUGACCAGUAGUAAGAAACUUAAAGUGCAAUAUAUUUAAUGAUGUAUUACUUCAGUAGUUUAAAUUCUGGAAGCCGCAAUUUCAAGUGUUUAACCUCCGUAACGCGUCGUUUAACCGGCCUUAGUCAAUGGGAUAAAGAAUUAGACAUCACACUUAAGCAUGAUAUCGAAAAUUACUGGGGUGAUAAACUUAAAAAUUCCAAUUACGACGAGUCUGAUAAAACGCGAGAUAAAUACUAUGUUCUGCCUAUGUUUCCGUAUCCUUCAGGUCAUUUACAUAUGGGUCAUGUUCGGGUUUAUACAAUCAGUGAUUCUGUAGCAAGAUUUCAACGCAUGCGAAAUAAAAAUGUAUUGCAUCCGAUUGGUUGGGAUGCUUUUGGAUUACCUGCUGAAAAUGCGGCUAUUGAAAGACAUAUAGCGGCUGAUAAUUGGACUAAACACAACAUAAAUCAUAUGAAAAUGCAAUUUCAAAAAUUAGGUUGUAGCUUUGAUUGGAAGCAUGAAAUUUCCACUUGCGACCCUGUAUACUACAAAUGGACACAGUAUUUAUUUUUAAAAUUGUUUGAAGCUGGACUUGUUUAUCAAAAAGAAGCACUUGUUAAUUGGGAUCCUAUUGAUCAAACAGUUUUGGCAGAUGAACAGGUUGAUGAACAUAACAAAUCCUGGAGAUCUGGAGCAAAAGUGGAGAAGAGGCUACUGAAACAGUGGUUUAUUAAAACAACUCAGUUUGCCGCAGAAUUGCUGGAUGGAUUGGAUGAUAAAACAUUACAAGAUUGGCAGGACAUUAUCAAAAUUCAAAAACAUUGGAUUGGACAAUGCAAUGGUGUUAGCUUUGACUUUAAUAUUGUUCAAGACACUUGUAAUAUACUCACUGACCAAGUUACAUUUACGGUGUGGACAUGGUUACCUGAGUAUAUUGAUCAUGCCAAAUUUGUAGUUGUCUCAAAGCAGCACCCUUUUAGUAAAAUGUAUUUACGUGAAGAUAUUAGUGGAGUUGUAAAAUUACCAAUUUUGCUUAAAAACCCUCUUAAUGAAGUUCAACUUCCUGUCUUUGUAAGUGAUGCUUUUGAAUUUUUGCCUGAUACAGAUACUCAUUUAGGCAUUCCAUCUGUAAUAGAAACAGAUAAACAGUUUGCCAUUAAACAGAAAAUUGAAUACCAAGACAUACAUCUUCUUGAUAAUACAGAAGCAAAACGGAGACGCCAAGAAAUAUGCAAAAAGGCGCAAAAAAUGCGUGUCGGGGGAUUUUGGACAAGCGCGAAGCUUAAAGAUUGGUUGAUAUCACGUCAACGCUACUGGGGCACCCCUAUUCCUAUUGUCCAUUGUGACAAAUGUGGUCCUCAACCAGUUCCCGUGAAACAUUUACCAGUAACACUACCACGACUUAAAACAACCGUUCAUGAAAAGGGCAUUCCCAUUUUAUCAACUUACCCUGAGUGGCUGUGGGUUUCUUGUCCCAGGUGCGACAAACCAGCACGCCGAGAGACCGAUACAAUGGACACUUUCGUUGACAGUUCCUGGUAUUACCUGCGUUAUGUAGAUCCGUACAAUUCUGAUGAAAUGUUUUCACAAGAGAAAGCAAAAUGGCUCAUGCCUGUUGAUCUUUACAUUGGAGGAAAAGAGCAUGCCACUCUACACUUGUAUUAUGCUCGUUUUAUCAGUCACUUUCUUAAUUCGAUCAAUCUGAUGCCUCAACGAGAGCCAUUCAAGCGACUUCUCGUCCAAGGCAUGGUGAUGGGCAAAAGUUACAGAGUAAAAGGUACUGGUCAGUACAUUCCCUUUGAGCAGGUGAAAUUCUUAGACGAAAAAAAGACGAAAGCAAUUGAUGUAGGAUCGGGUCAACCCAUAGUUAUUAAAUGGGAAAAAAUGAGCAAAUCAAAGCAUAACGGUAUCGAUCCGAGUGACAUGUUUCAGCAAUACAGCGUCGACACAACACGUCUGUUGGUUCUAGCUGACGUAGCACCAACUUCACCUAGAAAUUGGAAUAGUAAUACUUUCCCUGGAAUUCUGAACUGGCAAAGACGCCUUUGGUUUACAAUUAGGGAUUUUUUGAAGCACAGACGGACGCCUCCGUCUGCGAUACCGGACGAUCAGUUCUCAAAGCACAAUGAGUACAUGUUCGAUUCAAGAAAUUUCUUUGUGAAAGAAACAACGUUUAAUUAUUUUUUAUCACAACAAAUGAGUGUGGCCAUUUCAAAAAUGCAAGGACUCACAAACAGCUUGCGGAAAAUGCCCGGAGAUGUUAUUGCUCGAAGUUUGCAAUUUGAACGAGCUCUUGCAUGUCAGAUAAUCCUAUUAGCACCCAUGGCACCACAUUUUGCAUCCGAGUUGUGGUCCGGGUUCAUAUCUGCUCCCAACAGACUUAACUCCACAGGCGAAAUCUUGUGGAAUAAGACUGUACUAGAGCAACGCUGGCCCGAAGUGGAUUUAUCCUAUAAUCUUGACCUUACUUGCCAAGUAAAUGGAAUCGAAAACGCCGUUAUUAAAAUACCUCGUUACAAAUUGGAAAUCUUAAGUGAUAAAGAAGCCUUAAAUAUCGCCUUAAACAAUAAGAAGGUACAACAAGUUUUGACUAAAUGGCCAAUGCUAACCUUUAAUUAUACAUUAUAUGAGGGCAUCGAAGGUGUUGUUAAUAUUAUCUCAAGUUCACCUGUAGCGGCACAAAUACAACAAAACUAAUAUUAAACAUUUCUAUUUUGUGACUUUA